AACGGAAAGUUUUAAAAGACAGUCGUGAAUCGCGGGUAAUUAUUGAUAAUAAACGGUUAAUGGAAAGUAAUUUUCCUUUGCUCUAUAUUUAUGAAAUCAAAAUCUCCUGACAGGCAUUGAAAUCUAAAAUAGUUGCGAAAAGAUAAAUAUACGACUAUACAUAUAUUGGGUUUAAACUACAACAUAGAAUCGCAUUAAUAAAUACUAGACUAUCGGUAUUUUGUUGAUGGCUGCAACAAAAAUUGUAGAUGCUCCAAGAAAUGGACAUGAAAUGGCGCCAUUAAAUACUCGAGCGCGGGGCGAUGGUACUCAUGGAGUAACAAUUGUUCUUACUGCUUCUCAGCGAAAUUCGGUAAGCUCAGUGGAGGUACCGGGUGGCGAGCCCGAUCGUGCAGCAUGGUCUGGAAAAAUGCAAUUUUUCCUCAGUAUAAUCGGGUAUUCUGUUGGUCUGGGAAACAUUUGGCGAUUUCCGUAUUUGUGCCAACAGAAUGGUGGAGGUGCUUUUCUAAUACCGUUUAUGGUGAUGUUGAUACUGGAAGGUGUGCCGUUGUUUCUAAUAGAACUGGGUAUUGGACAACGUAUGAGACUUGGCGCACUUGGUGUUUGGAACACUAUACACCCUUGGCUGGGUGGUAUUGGAAUAUCAUCCUGUAUCGUAACCCUGUUUGUAGCCUUAUAUUAUAAUGUUAUAAUAACCUGGGUAUUCUUCUAUUUAUUCAACAGUUUUCGAUAUCCUUUACCCUGGGCUUCCUGUCCUACAAAUGGCACGGUUGAAGUAGAGGAAUGUGCCCGUUCAUCAGAAACGGCGUACUUUUGGUAUAGAACAACAUUAGAUGCCGCACCAUCGAUGGAUGAACCAGGCGGCUUAAAGUGGUGGAUUGUCCUCUGUUUGUUCCUAUCUUGGACAAUUGUAUUUUUUAUUGUAAUGAAAGGCAUUCAAAGUUCCGGCAAGGUUGUGUACUUCACAUCGCUUUUCCCGUAUAUUGUGUUGACAAUUUUUUUUAUACGAGGAAUUACAUUAAGAGGUGCCAGUGCUGGUCUUAUACACAUGUAUACACCGAAAGUGGAGAAACUGGCCGAUCCGACAGUAUGGUUGGAUGCAGCGACACAAGUUUUCUACUCUUUUGGUCUAGCUUUUGGAUCGCUUAUAGCAUUUGGAAGUUACAAUCCGCCCAAAAAUAAUUGUGUACGUGAUGUCCUUUUAGUAUCGGUGUGCAAUGCUAUCACCGCCAUAUACGCAAGCGUCGUAAUAUUUGCCAUUCUCGGAUUCAAGGCAACGGUCAAUGUGGAUCGUUGUAUCGAACUUAAUAAGGACAUCUUAAUCAAACAUGAUUUACUUCAUUACAAGAAUGCAACAUUUGAAGAAUACGAAUCAGUGAUGGCAAAAGUUAACGGUAGCGAGUCCAUCAACUUGGAACUUGAAGAGUGUAGCCUAUCAAAACAACUGGACAAUGCUGCAGAGGGCACUGGACUAGCGUUUAUUGUUAUUACUCAGGCUAUAGUGGAGUUACCUGGUGCCCCAUUCUGGGCAGUUCUGUUCUUUACAAUGUUACUUUCUCUAGGCCUAGGAUCUCAAAUUGGCAUACUGGAGGGAAUGCUUUGUACACUUUUUGACAUUGAUAUCAUUAAACGGGUUAAGAAACAACAUGUGACAGGGGUGGUAUGUCUAUUCUGCUUCAUUGUCGGUUUCAUCUUCUGUACAGGUGCCGGUGAAUAUUGGCUCAAAAUGUUUGACUCAUUUGCGGGCACAAUUGGCUUGGUUGUGGUCGCAUUGAUGGAAACAAUUGCAGUGGUAUACGUCUAUGGACACGAGAGAUUUACAGAAGAUAUUUAUCAGAUGACUGGUUACCGACCCGGCAUAUACUGGCAAUUAACUUGGCGUUAUAUUGGCCCAGUCAUUAUGGUGACCAUUCUAGUUUCCUCAGUCGUGUUCAUGGUCAUCAAAAAUCCAACGUAUGGAGCCUGGAAUGCACAACUCGGAGCUGUUCAACAAUCCAAUUAUCCAACAUGGGUAAUGGGAGUCGCAUUAGCAAUGAUUCUUGCUGGUGUUUUGCCAAUGCCCAUUGUGUUUUUGAUGCGAAGCUUCCAAUGCCUAAAAGUGGAUCUAGACAUCCAUCAGGGCUCAAUAAGGAGAAAUGAGACUACAGCAUCGACAAAGGAAAUGAUCGAUAAUGACGACGAUGAGGUUAUGAGUCCUGAUAUGCCUCCUCAGAACUUACUUGCAGCGACAAGGUUCACUAUUGGAGACUUUGAUAAUUAAACUGCACAUGAACAAAUGCAAAUCCAUUAAGAGUAACUUACCUUAGUGAUAAUUGAAAUAUAAAGUAAUAAUAUUAAACGGAAUUAACUUAAAUAAAAAGGCAACUGUUACCUCCAAAUAAUUUGUAUUAAAUGAGCGUUUUACUGAACUAAGUUUAUUCAUCAAAUAUUGUAAUAGGAAAAAAUGAAAUAAACUUAGAAAAAGGAAGACGCCCAAGUUAUAAAUAAUAAAUGCAAUGUUUAAUAUAAAAUGCAUAUAUAAAAAAAUUCAUCGUGCAGCAACGCGCCUCCACAAAACUAAUACUCGUACCACUAACGAUUGUUCAUUAAAGUUAUCGAAGAAGCAAAAACAAAAAAAGCAAUCAACGUAAAAACAAAUAAAAAAUGCUGUCACCACUGUUGAGGCCUUUUAACUACGAAACGUAAUCUUUUAUCAUAAUCGAAAAUCGCUCAACUUUAAGGCACCGAAAAACUGAAUGUAAAUCUUCAAAAUACAAAUAUCUAUUGGCACGAAUAACAGCAGCUAGCAAAACGACGACACUUAAAUGCUUUUAUAGCCGCACUGUCAUGUUUAUUUUAGUGUACUAAUCAUAACAAACAAUUUGUGUGGUCUUCAUGUAUGGAUCUGUAAAUAGCAAGUUAGAUAAAAGAUCGGUGGAAACGGAAAUGGAAUGUAUGUAUGUGUCCAUGCUUGCACUCAUUAGUUAAAAUAAAAGUAGAUAUAUGCCUUUUAAUUGACAUUGUUAGUUCAAGUGUAUAUGUCCAAUACAUAUAAUACAUGGUAUUUUAACCAUAAAGCAAGUCUUACAUGUAAAAUAAACGACGAAGAGACGAUAAGCUUAAAGUUCAAAUAUUUACUAUUAUGAAAUCGAUUUACGGCUUAACUUAUAAUUAAUAUUAAAAAAAUAAUAAAUACCUUUGCUGAAAGGACAACAGGAUCAAAA